AUGGCGCCAGAAUCGACGGGCCAUGACUACUAUCCAGUUAAGCCUCGUUUCCCUCUGGAAGGCUCGACUCCUGCGGAUGGCCUUAAUCGGAAAGUAUCUGUGCGCCAAAACAUCGACGAGUGGAGUGGUAAAAAGUCAAAUCAGAAACAAGUUGAUCUUUUUAUUUUGGCUAUGGACAGAUUUCAGAAAUUAGAUCCUAAUGAAAAGUUGUCUUACUUUCAAAUUGCCGGAAUCCACGGUCAACCAUUUGUGCGAUGGGAUGACCCAAGUUCUGAGCCCAUUCAAAAUGGUUAUUGCUUCCACAGUCAUGUUCUGUUUCCUAUUUGGCAUCGACCGUAUGUGCUCCUGUUCGAGCAAGUCGUAUAUGACAUCAUGGUCAAGGAAAUUAUCCCACAGUUUCCACAGGGCCAGCAGGCUGUCUGGAAGGAGAUCGCUGAUUUGUGGCGUCUUCCUUUCUGGGACUGGGCUAAAGGAUCUAUUCCUGUCCUCUGUAAAAGCCCGACGGUUGAUGUGAAGCAUCCAAGUGGCAUACAGCGAAUCGACAACCCGUUAUUUCAAUUCCGCAUGCCCACAAACAAACGUAUGCGAAGUGAAGGGGUUAGGACGGAAAAUACCUGGCAAAAUGACGCUGACCAAGAAGAGUACAAAAAUUUCGGAAACACCAUUGGGACCAGUCGCUGGCCCGAUGAAGAAGAUCAAAAGCCCGCCAGCGAGGGCUGGCGAAAUGGUGUUGUCAACAACAGCAAAGCGGCUGAUGCCUUCAACUCACACAUGGGAUACAAUGACAAGAACCAUGGUCCAGCGGCGGAAAUAGUUUAUCGCUUGCUCACUAUUCCUAUGGAUUACAAUACCUUUGCAAGUACUAACCCCACAUCGAAAGACCAAAAUGUGGACGAGGACCUGAAUAUCGAAUAUCCCUCAGGAACACACAUAGACUCACUUUGGCUUAUGAUACUAGAUUCACAACAAUAUUCACGGAUGGGCUGGGGGGAAGGCCACAUGGGUAAUGUACCUGUAGCUUCUUUUGAUCCGCUUUUUUUCCUACACCAUUGCAACAUUGACCGCCUGUUCUCCCUUUGGCAGGCCUUGAACCCAGAUAAAUGGCUUGACAAUAUUCCUCCGGAUAACGCGUUAAUCCAAGACUCACAUGGCAAGAGACAUGCUGUUAAUCAGAGCACUCCACUGCAGCCUUUCCGCUCCGAUCGUGAAGGAAACUACUGGACCCCAGAGGGUGUUCGGUAUACCCCUAACCUGGGAUACACCUACCCAGAGCUACAACGCUGGGACGCAAAAUACAACCAGAAAGAGGGCUCAUUCGAUCAAGAUCUAUACAUAGCAGACAUAAAUACUGUGAUCAACAAACUUUACGGAGUCUCACGAGCUCUGGUAUUGGAUCCCCAGGCUCGAUCUUCUGAUGGUGUAGAGCAGAUUGAAGGCGGACUCCGUGUCACUGAUUACGGUUUCAGUAUUCGCUUCCUCAAAUAUGCAUUUGGUGGUCAACCAUUCUGGAUAAAACUGUACUUGGCCCAAGAAAAUGGUUUUCAAACCCCUGUCACCGAUUUGAUCGCAGAAGUAUACAACUUCAGCCAGAGACCGGAGCUGGACGGAGCCACUUUAUGUGGAAACUGCAAGGAUGGUCAAAAGACUCGUUCCAAGUCCACCGCUUACGUCCCCAUCGCGCCAGUUCUGUACAAGUUGAUACAGACUGGUCGUAAUCUGAAAUCUUUAACUCGUGAUGAAGUCCUUGCGUACUUGCAGAAGCGCGCUUAUUGGAGGGUUGUGAAAGGCGGGAAAGAACUUCCCCGGUAUGAAGUUGAAAAGCUAGAUCUGGAGGUCAUUGGGAGCAGUAACGAAACGAAAUACUUUGAGAAUCCUGCUCUUCCACCUGCCUUCGAAAAUUUCAAGAAGGAGCCAACCAUUUCUGGAGGGGCCGAUGGAGCUCUAGAUCUCCAUCUCAAACAGCCCAUGGUUGAACCUCCAGCUCCACGCCCGGCGCGCCCAAAGGCAACUCUGGCCCUUCAAAGCAGCCUCAAGUUCCAUCGCCAACUGAAAGCUGACAGUGUCAUUCUACUUGAAUCAGCGACAGUUGACUUGGAAAACCCCGGGGUCAAGAAUGACAUGACACAGAUAUCUAUUACCGAUGCUGCCAAUAACAUCAUAUUCCACAUCUCAAUCCGGCGAGGUCAAUCAGAGAUCAUAUUCAACGCGAAGUUAAGAGGUGCGUGGGGUGUGGAAGAGCGGAUCAAUUUAGAUCAUCGCUUCCGAGCCGAGGAGGGGGCAAGCGUUAUGAUUCACGACCAAGGCGAAGGGUUUGAGGUCUGGAUUGACUGGGUUCAUGCAAUCUGGUUUGCCAAGCGAGCCGAAGGUCAGACAUCCAAGGCCAUUCGGUACGGGCUUGGGAACGAUAAUGUAACAUCUGUACUUGCAGAAGAGCUCGAAGUUCGGACAUAUCCGUCCAUGAAGGCUCUGUUCCUCCAAAAACAUGAGCACGAAGAGGAAAAGGUCAUUUAA